GUUGGAUAGCAGCAGGCAGCUGCGGGGCUGACACGUAUCUAAAGUUAUAGGUGCAAAGGAGGCCGCGACUGGGACUUGAAUAUUUAAUUUUUUUCCACAUACAUCUUUGACCUGCGGAACGGAAAUAGAAGAGUGAAAGAGGACUAGGAGACGCGGGCGUCAGCCGUCAGCCUCGGUUUGUACUGCGUUUCAAGAGCCGUGAAGUGAAGCGAAAAUCUGAGCGGCUACUUUGAAGUUACAGGAGAGACUCGUUAAGUGGCUGCACUGAAAUCAUGUUAACCAAAUAGUCGCGUUUAAGUCGUGUUUUUCUCUGCGUGAAAAUGCUUGGAGGGUAAGAGGGGGAGGAGGGUGGGUGGGCUUGUGUGCUUUUCGCGGAGAUAAAAAAAAAAAGUUGAGUCGGAAGUUUCCAGCGGCAGAGACUGGGCUUUCUCGCGCAUAAAGCGGGGAGGGGUGCGGGUCCAACAUGGGUAACGGGGUGUGUUCCCGUAGGCAGCGGCGGAUCUUUCAGUGUCUUAUGCUGCUCACCGUGGUGUGCGGGAUGAUGUACGGGGGCUUGAUGUCCUACGAGAUGCAUAAACAGCUCAGGAGGACGGAGGCGAUGGCACUGAAGUACCAGCAACACCAGGAGUCACUGUCGGCGCAGCUCCAAGUGGUGUAUGAGCAUCGUUCCAGGUUGGAGAAGUCUCUGCAGAAGGAGAGGUUAGAGCACAAAAAAGCCAAAGAAGAUUAUCUGGUUUAUAAACUGGAAGCACAACAGUCACUGACCAAGGAGAAGCAAGAAUCCGGCAGCAGAUUAAAUUCUCUACAAGUGCAACACCAGAUGUUAAAGAACCAGCACGAUGACCUGAAGAAGCAGUAUUAUGAGCUACAGGAUCAGCACCACGCCGAGGGCGAGGAUCACGGCCGACUGCUGGAUGAGCACAAAGACCGUUACAUUAAGCUGCAGCAAAUGAAAGAGGUGGAAGUCUCCCAACUUAAAGAGAAUGUUUAUAAUCUGCGAGAGGAAAAUAAACACCUGAGGAAAGCCCACCAUGACAUUCAUGUGCAGCUUCAGGAUGUGCAGAUUCAGCAUCAGGACCUGAAGGCCACACAUGACCAGUUGGCACUGACGAUACAAGACCACAAGAGUGCGCUGGCUGCAGCCCAGGUGCAGGUGGAUGAGUAUAAGCGGCUAAAGGACUCCCUCAACAGGACUCCCAUCCAAAACCCUGCUGUAGUUCCCAAACCCCAUGUUCAUGAAGACCAGAUUGCCAUAGUGGAACAACCACAUAAGGAACAGCCAGCAUAUGUAGAUCACCGGGACACGAUCAACCACCCUGUGGUAGUGGUGCAUCCCCAGUCUGAAAUAAAGUCCCAUCCCACUGAAUCUCACCACACCAUGUCGCAGAAAGAGGAGGAUGAUGGAGAGGGAGAGGCGGAGAGAAAGAGGGAGCUGGCAGAGGAGGAGAUGGCUCAGGCAGGGCAGCCUCAGAAGCUCGAGGAGGAUCCUGACCAGCCACAGGACGAGGAGGAAGGAGGAGAGGAGCCAGAACAGGAACAGCCAGAUGAGAAUGAACUGGAUCGACAGCGACGUCAGCCACAACCGGAUCCCCAUUCAGAGCUGCAUCAGGACACCCAGCUGCAGCAUGAGGCGAACGCCCAGUUGGAGCGUGUGAAGUCGGCCUACGAGCAGCAGCAGGAGCAACAGCGUCUGGAGUCUCAGAGGGCCGAAGAGCGCAAGCAGAUUCACAUGCGACAGGAGGCUCUGCGUGCCCAGAGGGAGAUGGUGUUAAAGAAGAGGGAGCAGAAGCUGAAGGAGGAGCAGGAAAGAGAACAGCAGCACCACAAGGAGGCCGACAGACGGGAGCAGCAGCUGAGGGAGGAGCACCAAAGGAAGAAAACAGAGUAUGAGAACAUGGACAAUGAUAUUGUUCAAGGAGAAGAGGAUGGUCACACUGACGAUGAAGAAGAGAGAGAUGCUCACAUGCUACAUGAGGAAGAAGACAAACAAGAGACCGAUCACAGAGUGCCAUCACAUCAACAGAAUGCUGUAGACGGUGAACUGGACCCCGAAGACGACCCCAACAACCAGGGUGAGGAUGAGUUUGAGGAGGCCGAGGAUGAUCCGCAGCAGCAGAAGCAGCAGCACACAGUUGCAGAAGACGAAGAGGAGGUAGUCGAGGAGGAAGAUGAGCCUGCAGCACCAGCACAGCACAUAGACACACAUCCUGUCCACGAACAGCCUGCUGUGGAGGAGGAACUGGUGAUGGCUGGAAACCCAGAUCAACAGGAGGACACACUGGAUGACCAGUAUCAGGAGGAAGUAGAGGACGAGGCUCAGGAGGACAUAUCUGAUGUGCAAAAGAGAGCGCUUGAGGGGGAGGAGGAAGGAGAGGAUCCAUAUAAUGAGGACAACAUAGAUCAGGAAGAAGUAAAAAUCCAGGAGGACGCGAGAAAUGCAGGGGACCACAGAAAAUACACACACAAUAAUGAGGAGGAGAAUUACGAGGAGGAAGAAGAGGAGGUGGAGGAAGACGCGGCUGCUCAAGGCAAGGGGACCAACCGGAGGGCAGAGAUGUAGGACAGACGCAGACUUGAACCAGCUGCACUGCCUUUUCCGCUGCACAUGAAGCCGACCACGUCUUUCUUUCCCAUGGAAUCUCAAAGGAAUGAACGUAGCCAAUUCAUUCAAAAUUCCAAUCAGGAAAAACUGGGAUGUUAUGCCUGGAAGAUGGAUGGCUACUCCAAACACUGUGGGGCUGGAAAUGAUUAGCUUUAUUUUGGAAAUGGACAGACUUUAUAGGAUGUGUACUGUACAUGUUUCUUUAAAAAAAAAAAAAAAUGUGUUUCCUCUGCCACCUCACGUCUGCCUGACUACCUUUCUGGUUUUUGUUCGUCUUUCCGUUGUUUUUUUUUACAGAGAAUGUAUUUUUUAUCGUGUACUGUUUUUCUGUUAAGAAAACAGAACAAAAUGGUGUAAUAAUGUUCUCAUGGUCAGGCCUUCUUACAUUCUGUAUGAUUCAUGCAAAACUUGGUUGUUUUGCUUUUUUUUUUUUUAAAAAAAGCUCAAAGUUUAAUUUACGUCCUAUUUUUCAAUCACUUAGUUUCCUGUUAUUUAUUGCUUACUGUAACAACUCUGACAAUCAUGAAAAAUGGGACAUUUAUCUGUUGUUUUAGACUGAACUGGUCUUUAUUUCAUAAUGGGUUUCACCAUGAACACUUCAUCAAAUUGAAUCAAAGAGAUAUUUCUGGUGAAGCAGUUUUGCUCCGUUAGUGUCACUCUGACAUGUGCCUUUCCAUUGUUGGAAACUUUUCUGGGUCUAAACUCCUUUAACAUUCACUCCACAUUUAGUGCCCAAAAUCGUGCCUAUUGCUUCAGCGUUGCCUUAAAGUGGUCCACUUCAUUUUAACUGCUGGUGUGAAAUAAGUUCACAAACUCUGAUGCAAUUUAAUGCAACAUCUUUAGUCUACUGUGCAAUGUAUAGUAAAAGAAAUAUCUAUGUUUCCUGCCAGUAAGAUUUGAUACAAAGCAGUGGGAUUUUGAUUGUACUGAACCAUGUUUGUUACCUGAAUGGUGAGUGGAAUAAAGAGGCUGAAUGAU